AUGACUUCAACCCUGAGGCCGCCGACCACCGUCUCCGAAUCGUCUCUCGUUCGCAGAAACGUCAAGUAUCACCCGCGCCAACAACUCAUCCUCGAUGCAUCGCUACGAAAGCAGAUACGAGUGACGGUGGACCCUCCAAGCCUCGACGCUAUUCUCGAGCAUGACGAAGAAGGUUUCUCGGCAGAUGAAACACCAGAUUCGCCAUCGAAAGCUCGUUCCCGCGAGCUGAAGGCAAUUGGGGACCACUUGGGCAGGGUGAAGGCGGUAGGGAGGGCUUUGAAGGAGCUUUGUCCAGCGUUGGGUGUCCUCUUUGACCAGAUGUUCGGAGAAGCAGCGUACGCCCAGAGAAAGAAGGCCCCCAGCGCGUACAAGGACUUUUUCAUUCAGGUUGCAGCUGAGGAAUCGGUUUUACAGAUGAUAAACAACUCGUCCGUUCUCGCUCUACGAUCGUUCUUGCAGAAUCCCACCAAGGCUACAGCAACUCAGAUACUUGCAAUUCCUGCUCUUUACAAGGUCGUGCAGGUGCACCAUGAUGUCGCUUCCCUGGUUCCAAUCAUGGUGUGGUUGGAGACUCGUGCUUCUCACAUGUUAUCAGCUUUGAAGGUCGAGGAACCGCUCCCUGGCGUCCAGGAUGGGGCGGCGGUCGGCGAGACACGAAGUAACUGGACACUGACUGGGUGCUUGUAUAGCAUGCCACAAAUUCGCUAUCGACCCAAGUAUCCUCGGCUGCGGAACGAUCAGCAGAGGGACAAGUCUUCCAAAAGAGGCGAUGCGUGCGGGAAAUACUUCACCCAGUAUGGAGAACAGCGUCUCACCGGCGGUCUGAUGGUGGCAUGGUGCACACACGGAAUCUGCUACGGCUUCCAUUGCAUCGCGGAAAGCGAAGGCCGCGACGAUGUGUUCUCGGCAAUGGUUACACGCUGGCCUGUUGCCCCAAAGCGUGUGGUUUCAGGUCACACGAAAUGUUCGCCCGCAGCAUUUCUCUCGGAGUAUGCGAACAUCGACCCACGACUGGUAAUCAUCAAUUCCAGCGCUGCUGAGUGUGGUAACGGCGGUCUGAAGAAAAUCCGCAAGUCCGUCAGCUAUAUGUCUCAAACACGCGCCAUUAUCUACUCGAAAGUCUUCUUAUCGGUUUGGAACCGUGUCCGUGAAAGGAGGGCAAAACCUAAGUGA